AUGGGUACAAGGCUGAAUGACCAUAGGAAAAACUGUAGAAUAGGUCAAAUAGAAAAAUCGGCAGUAGCAGAACCCGCGUUUAUUGAAGGAGAUCAUACAAUACUGUUUAAAAAAAAUGUAACCGGAACUUAUUUGGGCUCCAAUCCAAACUUCAGCACCACAAGUAGAACCCCUGCAGUGGCCAACAACAAGAAGAGACCGAUCUCUCCUGAACAAGUUCUCCGUCUUUUCGGUUCCAACAACCCCUCUUCUACUGUAAAAACGAACGUGGAGAGGCCUCGUAGAUCUCCUGCGAGCAGCCCCCCUUCCACCACCCACCAAAUAAACUAUCGCCCUGCUUAUGUACCCAGCAUACACGAAUUGAUAACUAGGACGGUUACGAUGGUAAGAGAGCCUCAGGAUGGGACUCACGGUUUCGGGAUAUGUGUGAAAGGAGGAAAAGAUGCUGGUGUGGGAGUAUAUAUUUCCAGAGUCGAAGAAGGCAGUGUGGCCGAACGAGCAGGACUCCGGCCGGGGGACUCGAUCUUAGAAGUAAAUGGAACGCCAUUCACCGGAAUAUCCCACGAAGAGGCCCUGAAGAUGUUGAAGUCCUGCAGGAAACUGAGCAUGACAGUUCGAUCUCCGACGCUGCCAGCAGGAAGUCUUGGGGGUGGCGCACCAUGGCAGAUGCGACAGACUUGUUCGUGGAUGGACAGACACGGCAGACCAGUGUCGCCGCCGUCGGAAUACGCGAGGGGUGGCCCGGUGCCGCAACAGAAAUACGGCUGGAGGUCUUCGAGCAAAGACAGGAAUAUAAGAAGAGUGGAUCUCUGCAUAGAGCCUGGCCAAAGCUUGGGUCUCAUGAUAAGAGGGGGCGUGGAAUACAAUCUGGGGAUUUUCAUCACCGGAGUCGACAAGGAUUCUGUGGCGGACAGAGCUGGUCUUAUGGUUGGAGACCAGAUUCUGGAAGUGAACGGGCAAUCUUUCAUGGAUGUGACCCACGACGAGGCUGUGGCUCAACUGAAAUACCACAAACGUAUGUCUCUGCUUGUUAGAGAUGUAGGAAAAGUACCACAUUCGUGCACUGCCUAUGAUAGAGACUGGGACCUCUGCAGUCCAGGGAGCCGAGCUGCGCAAACAACGCGGAAGUGGGCAGCCGCCUUGCAAAUGGUAGAGGAAAAAGCAAGAAUCAUCCUAACUCGUCCGGAAUUCACUAAUAUGUGCUACUAUACGGACGAAUACGCAGCCCGACAUAUGACCAUAGAUGCCUUCGUACAAGUCAUGACUGAACUCCUAAACACUCCUGAUAAGUAUACACUUAUGACCGAAUUAAGAGAAAUAGUAGCCGUCGACGACCGUGUUAGAUUCGACGAAUUAGUUUAUAGAAGAGAAACCGACUCCUCAAGGACACGAGACCCUAGAGAACACGAUUACAGACAUUCCAGGAAUCAGACAUGA